AUGUCGGGGAAGGAGGCUGUCAGCCGCGAGUACACGAUCAACCUGCACAAGAGGCUCCAUGGCGUCACAUUCAAGCGCCGCGCGCCUCGCGCCGUGGACGAAAUUCGCAAGUUUGCUCGCAAGAUGAUGAAGACGAAGGAAGUGAGGCUGGACGCGAAGCUGAACCAGGCGGUGUGGUCGCAAGGCAUCCGCAACGUGCCGAAGCGCCUCCGCAUCGUCGUCUCCCGCAAGCACAACUCCGACGAGGACGCACAGGAGAAAUUUGUUUGCCACGUCACGGUUGCGGAUAAGCAGAGCUUCGCCGGGCUCGGGACGACUGUCGUCGACACUCAGGAGGAUUGA